UGUGCGCCGGCAUGUGGACAGGUCACAGAGAGGCUGUGGGACGCCGGGCACACUGUCAAAUGAAAUCUUUGGAGUCUUUGAAUCGUCUGUCUUACGCUGGUCAUUAUCACGGAGGUCGAGGCCUGGCGGGCGUUAGACACACCAGCUGACAUGUCGUACUGCAAGCAAGACGGUAAGGAUCGUGUCAUUUUUGUGACCAAAGAAGACCACGAGACACCCAGCAAUGCAGAGUUGGUCGCAGAUGACCCCGAUGAUCCUUAUGAGGAGCAGGGCCUGAUCCUGCCUAAUGGAGAAAUAAACUGGAACUGCCCGUGUCUGGGUGGCAUGGCCAGCGGACCCUGUGGCUCUCAGUUCAAGGAGGCCUUCUCCUGCUUCCACUACAGCAAGGAAGAGGUGAAGGGCUCUGAGUGCAUCAACCAGUUCCGUGGCAUGCAAGAAUGCAUGCAGAAGUACCCCGAGCUCUAUCCUCAGGAAGAAGAUAAAGAAAGCUCCCCAGAGGCAGAAUCUAAAUCUGGCUCUGCUUCUGCUGACAGCUCUGCCUUAUUGUCCAAGAAUGACUCUAUACCAUCCACUUCAGCGGCUUCAUCUGACAGCAUGUCCUCUACAAACAGCCCGUCUGCCAGCUAGAGCCAGCCUGCACAUCAUCAGGGACUCUCCAUGAGCACCUCCGAUUGGCCGGCUGGAGCCUCGGAGAUGGCUUACUGACACAUCUCUGACACUUACUGGAAACAUUUCCAUGGUAACUGAGGUAGACCAGCAGAAAUUGUAGCAAAUGGUAAAAAAUAUAUGCUACUGUGAUUUCUGAGCUCUUCAAAAUUGAUUAGUAAUCUGAUUACUGAGAGUGAGCGAAGCUGUUUACUGCAGGGAGAUGUGCUGAAAGAUUCACAAUAUGGUAAAAGAAGUUAAUUCGCUGUGCAGUAACUUUUCAGUAUGAGUUCUUCUGUUGGCUGGUCAGAAGGGUGAUUUAAAAACUGAUUUAGAACUACUAUCAAACACUUGACAAAUUCAAGCUGAUAUCUUUUGAGAUGAGCAAUGUUCAUCUUUUGUUUUUACUUCAGUAAGAGACCCUUAUAAUUCUGUCUUCGACUUUAUUUUCAGCACUUAAAAGACCAAAACAUUUAGCAAGAGAGCAGGGCUGCUCUUCAAACCGCAUUUUACAUGUUCAAAUGUUUGUAACUGUGCUCGUUGUCACGUGGAAACUUGAAGGUCUCCAUCUGGCAUUGUGGAAACAACAGCCGUUAACGGUCUUUAAUUUAAAUGUGACUGCAUAAAUGUUUAUUGUCUCAAGACUGUCUGGAGUUGUCAGUUGUCCUGUGGUUAUUCAAGCUCUCUGUGUCAUUCAGGCUUUAAAGGUGUGAAAGUGUUUUCACAAAAAUGUCCAGAUUAAACCAUUUGUCUAACA